UAAGUAAUUGAUGCAAUGGGGAUCCUAUCGACCAUAGCCCUGAUCCUCGUUAUCCCACCAUGCCUCUACAUCCUCAACUCCCUCUUGACCUCCGACCCGGAACCAAUCCUUGGUAUCUACUCCCAGCGAGGGCGAUGGUUCGGUCUCAAGUACUGGAUCUUCUACUUCAUGUUCAAGCUUCGGAAACGGCAAGGAACGGCCAAGAAGGGCAGUACGUUGGAGACGCAGCAAGGUGCUGUAGGAUACGGGAUGUCUCUCUUUGACAACGUUGAAGAUAUGGACAAGGCGCAGCCUCUGCCACCACCGUACUUCUUCCCCAAGGCUGUAGAUGCUGUAUAUUUCAACGGCUCCAACAAAGAUGGCAUCUACGUUGUCACAGCGAUCGCAAGACGCCAGAACCAGAUGGCCAACGUCCUGACCUAUCUGGUUCUUCCUGGCGUUGGUGUCCUUCAGCUUCCUGAUCAUCCCGGAACUCUUCUUGAAGACUGUGACCCUGAUAAACAUUCCGUGGCUGGGCUGAGCAUAGAGAGCGUCAAGCCCAUGAAGGAGUGGAAAAUAUCCUACCAUGGGAAAAUGAGACUUGUUGAUGCUAAAAAGGAAGACUGGACAAAUGGAAAACUUUUAGAAGUAAACAUGGACUUAAGGUGGACCGCUCUCACAACUUACUUUGAUUUUGAUACUGAUUUGGAUGCUUCUCUCAUGGCUGAUACUAUUGCAAGGGAGAAAUGGUCGAAACAAUUUUUUGAUGAGCUGAAACGGUCCCAUCAGACACACCAUGAACAGUUUGGACAAAUGGCGGGUUCAGUAGAGGUCGAAGGUCACGGCAAACAGGAUAUUAUAGUAGCAGGAAUGAGAGACCAUUCAUAUGGUAACUAUAGAGACUGGAGUGAGAUCCACCGGUAUGCUAUUCACAUGUUACACCUAGAAGAUGGUACAUGUAUACACGCAGGCAAGAUAUGCUAUCCAGGCAGGUUAUCAUGUUUAACCACAGGUUACGUGAUGAGGCCGGGAGAUUACAAAGUGACCUUGACACACAGUACCUUUGAUAUGGUAUCCACGGGAGAGGAUACAUGGAAGAUACCUGAGCAAUACAAAUUCAGCUUUAUCUGUGGUACAGAGAGAUUUGAGUGUGAUGUGAAAGUAAAGCUAGCACCGUUGUUUUAUAUGGGUAAAGAUCGCGAAGCUAAACUCUACGAGGGAUUCGUCGAGGUCACCGUGAAUGGAAAGAAGGGAUGGGGUAUAGCUGAAUACUGCUACCAUAAUCGGGACAAGAAAUCAUAAUUGCUGCAAAUGUUGCCUGAUCCUUCAAAUCAUCUGCUGCCGUCUUCUGAGCCUUGGGUAAUUUUACACCCAUCCUGAUAUUCUGUUUGAGAAAUAUGCAGUUUGUUGCCACGUUCGGUGUAAAACUAUGAAAAAAUGGUUUUGUUGCUGAGGGUUUGUCUUGGUUUGUAUGAACAGUCUAUAUUCACAUGGAUAACACGCAGUUGGUCUACCUCUCAGGUAAUCCGAUACCACAUAGGCUUAAAGGUGCACGAUCCCUGGAUUCGGAGGGUGCUGUUAGACAUACGUACGUGCUGUGGGCGGCGCGAGCUAUCUAUUGACACCAAUGCAUGCAGACACCAUGUCCGAAUGCCCGAGCUCUGACGAUUCUCAGUUUGCGUACGCUUCGGCUUCUAAUGAUAAUAAUAAAAAAAUUUAUAUUUAGAGGUGCUAAAAACAAAAAGUACCAUAGCGUGUACAAUGUAUGAAACUUUUGCAAUAAUAACCACAAUCAGUCAUUCGAGAUAAAAAGGAAAAUUAACUAUUGAGGAAAAAGGUACGUCUUAAGGGAAGAUUUGAAGCCAAGAAUACCAGAAGCAUUUCUUAUUGGAAGAGGGAUGGCAUUCUAAGUCUUGGCAGCUGCUACAGCAAAACGUUUAAAGAUUACAGCAGGUUGGCUGUGCUUCCUUCUGCUGUGUGAAGUAAUGUCAGCAGAUUACUGGACCCAUGCCGAUGUAGAUAAAACCUACCAUAUGUGCACUGUGAAUAGGUGCACAUGCUGUAAAGCUGGCUGAUGAUUGACAGCUGCGUGCGAGUUACGUUGAUGAUCUUCUUAAUAAAGAUGGCAGCAAGUACAAAACCGUCCCACAGCACCAAGGACCAUGCACCUUUAACCCGUUUGGUCUUUUAUUGAUUCUGCCUUAUUGCUGUUUGGUAAACUCUACACUUAGUUAUAUACCCACCUAGGGCCCUAACACAAAGCUAAGCAAUGAUCGUAGAACAUUCUUCUACGAUUGAUUCCAUUGACUACAAUGUACAAUCAGUCUUGAAAAUCAAGCGUACAAUCAAUCGCUUACCUUUGUGUUACGGGACCCAGGCCUAUGCCUAGAAGAUCUUUUUUCCACUUCAUAUGCAUCUUAUUUUGCACUAUGUCAAAUGAAAAUUUGAUCCAUAAACUGUUCAUCUAUCCAUGUAAAAGAAAUGGCGUUAGAUAAUGCGGAUGUAAGACAAAAUGGGUAUCGCCUGUUAACUGGAAAUUAGACAAAAUGGUAAAUAAACUAAAUGGCAAUUCGACCAAAUGCGUAGUAGAUGAACUGGGCCCUGUUGUACAAAGAGUUACGAUUGAUCCGAUCAACCGCAACUAUGGACGGCCAGCAACAUCAACAUCU